AUGCACUGGACACCGGAACACGCCCAGCCCCUCAACCAGUGGCCAGAACAGCACCUGGACGUCUCCUCCACUACCCCGUCGCCGGCCCACAAGUUGGAGCUGCCCCCUGGGGGUCGCCAGCGCUGCCACUAUGCUUGGGCACACGACGACAUCUCUGCCCUCACAGCCUCCAACCUCCUCAAGCGCUACGCAGAGAAGUACUCAGGGGUCCUGGACUCUCCCUACGAGCGCCCCGCGCUGGGCGGCUAUGGCGACGCCGCCUUCCUCAACGGCGCCAAGGGAGACCCCGAGCCCUGGCCAGGGCCGGAGCCACCCUACCCCUUGGCCUCACUCCACGAGGGCCUCCCGGGAACCAAGUCGGGCAGUGGGGGCGGCUCCGGGGGCCUCGGGGGCUCCCCGGUUUUAGCCGGGAACCUGCCUGAACCCCUCUACGCCGGCAAUGCUUGCGGAGGCCCGUCGGCGGCGCCCGAGUACGGGGCGGGCUACGGCGGGGGGUACCUGGCCCCCGGCUACUGCGCGCAGACAGGCACCGCGCUGCCCCCGCCGCCCCCCGCCGCGCUCCUGCAGCCCCCGCCUCCGCCGGGCUACGGCCCCUCCGGGCCGCUGUACAACUACCCCGCGGGAGGCUACCCGGCGCAGCCCGGCUACGGGGCUCUCCCGCCGCCCCCGGCCCCGCCCCCGGCCCCCUACCUGACCUCGGGCCUGGCGGCGCCCACGCCCCUGCCGGCGCCCGCUCCGCCCCGGCCGGCGCCCACCUCCUACAGCUUCCAGGCGGCCGAGGCCGGGGUGUCGCUGAAGCGCAAGGCCGCCGAUGAAGGCGCGGAGGGCCGCUACCGCAAGUACGUCUACGAGCCCGCCAAGGCCCCGGCGGCCGACGGCGCCUCCUACCCCGCAACGGACAACGGCGAGUGUCGGGGCAACGGGUUCCGGCCGAAGCCGCCGGGAGCCGCGGAGGAGGCGUCGGGCAAGUACGGUGGCGGCGUGCCCCUCAAGGUCUUGGGCUCCCCCGUCUACGGCCCGCAACUCGAGCCCUUUGAAAAGUUCCCGGAGCGCGCCCCGGCGCCGGCUCCCCGCGGGGGCUUCGCGGUGCCGUCGGCAGAGCCCCCCAAAGGCGUGGACCCGGGGGCCCUGGAGCUGGUGACGAGCAAGAUGCUAGACUGCGGGCCCCCGGUGCAGUGGGCAGACGUGGCAGGUCAGGGCGCGCUCAAGGCCGCGCUGGAGGAGGAGCUGGUGUGGCCCCUGCUCAGGCCGCCCGCCUACCCCGGCAGCCCGCGCCCGCCGCGGACCGUGCUGCUCUUCGGACCGCGGGGCGCCGGCAAAGCGCUGCUGGGCCGCUGCCUGGCCACGCAGCUGGGCGCCACGCUGCUGCGCCUGCGCGGAGCGACGCUGGCCGCGCCGGGCGCCGCCGAGGGCGCGCACCUCCUCCAGGCCGCCUUCGCGGCUGCGCGCUGCCGCCCGCCCUCCGUGCUCCUCAUCAGCGAGCUGGACGCGCUGCUCCCGGCUCGGGACGACGGCGUCGCUGCGGCGGGCGCGCUGCAGGCGCCGCUCCUGGCUUGCCUGGAUGGCGGCUGCGGUGCGGGGGCCGACGGCGUACUGGUCGUGGGCACCACCUCGCGGCCCGCGGCUCUGGACGAGGCUACCCGCCGGCGCUUCGCUCUCCGCUUCUACGUGGCGCUGCCCGAUGGCCCUGCCCGCGGGCAGAUCCUGCAGCGGGCGCUGGCCCAGCAGGGCUGCGCGCUGAACGAGCGGGAGCUCGCGGCCCUGGUGCAGGGCACCCAGGGCUUCUCCGGGGGCGAGCUGGGGCAGCUGUGCCAGCAGGCAGCGGCCGGGGCGGGCCUCCCGGGGCUGCAGCGGCCCCUUUCCUACAAGGACUUGGAGGCAGCGCUCGCCAAGGUGGGCCCUAGGGCCUCCCCCAAGGACCUGGACUCGUACGUGGAAUGGGACAAAAUGUACGGCUCCGGACACUGA